AUGAAUGAAGAUCGGUACGUCCAAGCAUAUUUCGAAGAUGUUUCAAUACUUUCGGCGCCUUGCGUGCCACCAAUUUUGAUGAUCCCAAACUUGACACGGGCAACAACAGGGGGGUCUGGCAUACCAAGUCGAGCGCAAGGCCCCAAAACCGGUUACCCGCUUCUCACCUACCGAGCUCAGAUCCACAUGAACAAAAGGAGCCGCAACCCAGCAGCAAAGGAGCAUUCCGACACAAAGUCAACGCCGGUGGCACAGGAGCAUAUACCUAUAAUUGGUUACAAUGCCAGAGAAGUCGAGUCUGCGAUGAAGUCUCUCGUGGAGCCUCAGCCGUUGAUGUACAAACCCGCCGAGAAACCGCAUCCGCGCCGUCGCUCCGGUUCUACGCCAUGGGAGUCUAAACCAAAUUUGAUGGCAAAUGGCAAAGACUUCUGGGUUGAACUACGGAAACAGUUCACAGCACUUCAACGAAGUGGUGGAACUAGAGAAGGAGGACGCCGUUUGUCGAUGUUGAAAAGCCUACGAUUACCAACUUGGAAUCUCCCAUCAGAGCACCUCUAUCACCACUCAUCCCUCGGCAGAAGACGCUUGUUGACACUUGCUAUUGAAUCAUCUUGCGACGAUACAUCAGUCGCCGUCCUUGAGAAACACCAUCAUCCUUCGCAGCGCGGAGGGAAUGGCAUCGCCUCUCUUCACUUCCACGAACACAUCACCGCCGACAAUAAUGGAAAGAAAGGCAUUGACCCAAUCCGGGCUCUUGACUCGCACGCCCGAAGUCUUGCCCUCCUCGUAAACAAGUCUCUACAUGCGCUUCCAACAGCGUCUAUUGAACCAACAGAACACAGCGUACGGUCAAUCAGUUUGAAAAAUGGCACUCUCAAGCGUGUCCCGGACUUUAUCACCGUCACCCGCGGCCCAGGGAUGCGAAGCAACCUCUCCACGGGUCUCAAUACAGCAAAGGGCCUGGCUGUGGCAUGGCAAAUACCACUUCUUGCAGUCCAUCACAUGCAGGCGCAUGCCCUGACCCCUCGACUCGUCCACGCUCUCAGUCCACAGUCCACAUCUUCCAGCAUACGGCCCCAGUUCCCAUUCCUAAGCCUCCUAAUCAGUGGCGGGCACACCAUGCUCAUCCACUCCAAGGGUCUCAUUGACCAUAAAACCCUAGCCACCAGCCAAGACAUAGCCAUCGGCGAGGCCCUCGACAAGAUCGGCCGACUGCUCCUCCCUGACACACUUCAAGCCGCAAUAAAAGACAUAGCCUACGCCAAACACCUCUCCACAUACGCCUUUCCCACCCCAACCGCCUACGCCGACUACCAACCCCCCUCCACCCGCGGGGCAGAGUGCAUCCGCACCUCCAACCAAUACGGCUGGCACAUUCCAACCCCCUACGCCGACACGCGGCACCUGCGCUUCAGCUUCUCAGGCAUCGCCUCUGAAGUGCACCGGCUCUUCCACCUUCGCACCAACACAUCGCAUCCAGACCAGCAACUCGCCUCGGCUGAACUCCUCGCCUUCGCUCGCUCCGCCCUGACAGGCUCGGUCAACCACCUUGCCAGCCGGACGGUACUCGCGCUCGAGAAACUCCGCAAGGAAGAACAAUUAAAACGCUCCGCCCCGAUCAGGACGUUGGUGGUGAGUGGCGGCGUGGCAGCGAAUAGCUACCUGCGCCAUGUGCUGAGGCGGUUUCUGGAUGUCAGGGGCUAUGGGGAUGUGGAGUUGUGUUUCCCGCCGGUGGAGCUGUGUACGGAUAAUGCGGCGAUGAUUGCUUGGUGCGGGAUGGAGAUGUGGGCGGAGGGGUGGAGGAGCGAGUUGAGCGUUCGCGCGGUAAGGAGGUGGAGUAUGGAUUCUGAGGAAGUGGGUGCGGAUGGGGAUGGAGAUCACGGUGAGGAAGGGGUGACGGAGGGAAAGGGGGGGAUUUUGGGGGUGGAAGGGUGGUAUAAUGUCAAACAGGAUCGGAUAGAGGGUAUGGACGUUGGAUCGAAGUGA